GUUUGGGUGGAAGCUGACCUUAUGUCAUGGAGCAGAACUGAAAAUUUACCUGAAUCCUCAAGCUAAAAAUAAACCUAGUUUAUAUAGACACUUUCCAUAUUAUAUACAAAUAUUUAAUCUCUUAAUAGUAAGUUAAAGACAAUGACUAAGUGGUUUUCCUCACAGCUCCCAGCUCUGAGCUCAUUUUCCAGGGAGACUGCCUGAGAACUGACUAUUGUGGGUCAAAGGCAUGGGGUCAGGCCAGGACUGUAAUCACAACAUGGAUGUAACUCUAAGGGUUUUGCUCUUGUACCAUGCCCUGUUUUCUACAAGUGGAAAUGUCAGCUUGGAAAACAGCAAAAAACAUUAAAAGAGAGAAAAAUAGUUACUAUUGGAUCACUGGAAAAUUUAUUUAAACUACUUUAGAGAAGACCUGAGAUCAGCAGUCUCUGAAGUGGGACAUACAUCACAAUCCAUUGAGGUAGGAUUGUGGGGCAGGAAGAAAAUGGAUUUGGUACCUUUGUUAAAUACAACUUAGAAAAUUUUUAAAUAGUAUUUGYUUAACCUUUCUCUUCUUUUUCUCAGUUUUAUUUUUGCGUAUAUUUUAUAACAUAUAUAUUAGUACAGGGAUAUAUGUAUAUAAUUCAGAAAAAAAGUAUUGAAGGUGAGUGCUCACACGUUUUCUACUGAUGGGAUGCAUGAUAAAAAUGGUGGAAACCACUGCCUUAGAUUAUUCUUCUAGAUACUCCAAAAAAGGUAAGCACUACUAGAARGCUUGCACUCUGAAAUGACAAGGACAUGCUAGCAAAACGGAAGCAGUAUUUUGACUUCAGUUUGGGAGAAAAGGCAGGAUGUUUGCCCUUCUGCCUCCAGGUGAACUCUGCCUGUGGGUCUGGUUYUCUAUUUCUGUCCUCCUAAUUUUCAUAUUCUACUCCUUACCACCCUCAAUUCAGAAAGAGAUAAUGUUUUAAGCAGUAAAGCAUCCAUUUCCACACAUUCUCAAACACUAGAAAAGUCUCUUGCUAUGUCAUACCCCUCUCUGCAAAUGCCAGAACACCUCAAAUGUUUUCUCAGAGCUGACAGCACUCUCCACCUUGUUCCACCUCCGUGCAUCACUUCCCUGUCUCCUACACUCAAUCCUCCAUCACUGAAUGUGAAACCAUGUGGCAAAGUUUUAGUAUUGCAGGUGCUUUCUGUAACUUGCAAUGAUGCUUUUAUUUCAUCAACCUUUCCUUCCCUGGUAACUCCCCCUUAUGAACUCCAGCAUGAAUCACUUGGCAAAACACAACUAAACUCACAUUAAAAGUCUUAGCAGGUUAAAGCAGCAGUCCCAUACAUUUCUGAUGAAAAUGCCAACAGAAAAAGAUUUAGAGAAGAGAUGUGAACGCAAUUCAGCGUGUAUGAACUGACACACUAACAUCUUCCCCCUAUACACACUGGACAAAAUGCAAUGAAAUCUGUGUGAGAAGAGGGUGUAAGGGCUGCAAUUAUUCUCACUGCACCUCAGUUAGGGGAAAGCCACAUCAGUGCUGAAUAGUUUUGUCCUACAUGUGCAUACACAUAUUCAAACUAAAAACUCGUUAGAAAAUACGAGUGCAAGGUGGUUGGUUAUGUCUUCAGUUCAUGCCUGCCUGAAGGAAAAUAUCAGAGAAGGCACUCUGCUCUUCACACAUCACAGAUAUCUCUUGACCUACAAAGGGAGAAGCUGCCUAAAGCCAAAASUGAAAUACCAGAAAUAGGCUCAAAAAGUGAGGCAAAAAAGGAUGAAACAAAGUGUGAUGAUGAAAUAUAAGUCAUGGAGCAGGUUGCUGAGUACUACACCAGCGGAGGCACUCGUAAGAUCUUUGCAACAGAGGAGACAGCAUACCCCAAUGUAACACACACCAGAAGAAUCCAGACAACAAAAAAACCCACAGUGAGAAUUUACAAUAAAAAUAUGCAGAGUACUUAAUUGGGUUAAAUUUUAAAAAGAACCUCAGGAGAAAAUCCCAGUCUUGCCUUAUCAGCAGUCAUCAGAAUGUUUUACUGCUAGAAAUCACACAGGAAGCAGUGACAACUUUCACUUGGAACUUUGCCCACUUUCACUUUUCCCAUGUAAGUAGACUGGCACGUGAAAUACAAAUAUUCCCACCUAUUCCUGCCCCCCGACCAUCUCAUACUGCCACAUUUUCACAAAAAAAUUCUCAACACAAUUAAAAAAMCCCCAAAUCUAAAAACUAUAAACACUGCAUGAAUAGUGAUGAAAAAUCCAUURUGACAUCUGUAUAUUUAUUUCUGACUACCAGUAUAUCAUGGGUAGUUAACUCUGGAUGCAGGGGAGAUGGCCCCAAAAAAUWCUGCAAUAUGUUUGCAAGAGACAGAAAAAAUCCCUGCACUAACAAAGCUGCAGAUGCCAUAGAACAAAUAAAAAAAUAUUAAAAUAUAUUUAAAAAUAUAAACAGAAUUUUAAAGAGACUGAGAGAUUAACAAUAUUAAUAAGAAACAUACAAAAUAAGAACUAUAUACAAAUAAUAUUAGUGCCUGAAAUAAGAAAAAUGAGGUACUGGUAAGUAGAGAAAUUUUAAAAUAAAAUCCCCCAAAAAGCAACACACAAAACAGAUGAAAAGACAAUCCUGAAACAUCCUCAGCACAGCCACCCAGAAAACAACUUCUGUUACACUUUGAUCUCCUGUAAUAGCAUAGUAGGAGGCUCCCCUGGCAGCAGCCCUGAGAAAGAGUCAACUCCUGUUCUCAUAGCAGGGCCCCCUCCUGGUCAGUGCCAWGCACAACCAAAACCCUCAAGACAAAGCAAAUGAGAAAACAAAAAGUGAAAACGGAAAAAGAAAAAUUAUGUCUAAAAAGACAGGGAUGGUAAUGAUGAUGAUGAAAAGAAAGCAUGGGCACAUAAAGCUGCCCACCAGCAGCACCCCAUGCACAGCAACCACCACCACCGAGCCAGACCAGGCUCCUGCAGCACCCACAGCUCCACCAUGGCCAGACCUGGAUGCCCACAGCCCUGCCUGCGGCACAGCAACCUGGCACUGCUGCUCCUCGCCACGGCUCUGGCCACCGGCCUCCCGUGCCAUCACCUGCCGACCCACGACCCUGGGAAUGCACUCCAGCUUCUCCAGAACAUGGCUUCGAGUACAACAGAGCCCUGCCACCUGCGAGAUGCACCUUUCUUCCCCGACACCCUCCGCCGCAACAACCUCCACCCGCAACAAGCCGCCGCCGCCGCCYUASGCAUCCUCCAGGGCCUCUUCCAGACCCUCAACGACAWCAGCACCCGCCACCACUGGCACACCCAGCCUCGCAACGACCUCCUCAACCAACUCCAGCACCACAUCCACCACCUCGAGCCAUGCCUCCGCAAUAGCACCACGCUCUUCAAGGGACCCCGCAACACGCUGCUCACCAUCAACAAGUACUUCAGGGACAUCCAACGCUUYCUCCAAGCCCACAACCACAGCGCCUGCGCCUGGGACCACGUCCGUAUGGAAGCUCUUGAGUGCUUCAAACAUGUGGACAGACUCAUACGGCAAAUGAAGCACCAGGCUGCUCUGGACCCCACUAAACCCACGGAUACCAAACUCCCAUCCCCAGCCAGCAUGAGAGGUCACAGAUUGAGCGGUGACAGCAGCUCGCCCAGUACCGCUCACGCCUCUCCCAGUCAGAAUCAUGAGCUGAUGGGGAAAUGGGUAUGACUGUGGUGAGACAGGGGCCAGGCUGUGGCACAGCCCACAUACCCAAACCAUAGCCACUGGAGAGGAGGGAAGAGGAAAUCUCUGCGCUGCACACAGCUGCGAGGCAUUGGGGAUAGGSGUGGUACAUACUACCUGUGAAAUAAUCGCUCUCAUCCAGACUGCAACUUCACCUGAUGAACAGCAAGGGGAUCAUGGACGCUGGGGGGGGGGGGAUACUGUGGGACUCGCACGCCAAUCACUGUUUAUCACAAAACUCUGUUUACUUAUUUAAUUGAUUA